GGACAUACAGGAGGCACUUGGGGUCAACAUCUGUGAGAGGCUGAGAGCGAAAGACUUUUGCAUUCUCCUAUUAAAUGUGAAAUUAUCAAAAUUAUUAGACAAAGUCCAUCACAUUAGACUUUAGAAUGUAUUAUGCACGUUAUAUUACAUAGCACAGAUAAAAAUAAAACAUUGAAAUAUACAAAUCGCCGACUACCCAAGCACAAUUAGCAAUUUUACUCAUUGUCUUCCAUUGACUUCUAUAGAGGUCCAGUCCAUUUUGACUGGGAGUGCUGGCUGCCAUCCCUCCCAAUCAAAAACUGAUAUGACGUCUAUCGUCGUCAAAGACACAGCAACGUGAUCCUCCCUCAUUUGAAUUGGAUGUCUACUGCGGGCACUAGCAGCCAUACUGCAUGUCACCAGUAGUCAGGCUAAUUAUGAUAAAUGUUGCUAUUUUAAAACGUUUAUAAUAGGUAAUAGUACAUAUAUGAUUCUUGCAUGAAGCAAAAGUUUUACGUAAUAGCGCACAGUUAGUGUCGCUUGGUGGUGAUAGCUAACUUUAGCCAAGCAAACCGACCUGUAAAUGUGGAUAUUUGGCGAAGAGUUCUGCAGUCGAUGUUACACGCUCCAAGCUAACAUUCUGAAUGAGCAAAGGCAUAUCCCUAAAAUCCACGAACUGACAUUAUUCACACACACUGGCGAGUGUCGACUACAUAAGGCUCGAUAUCUAAAAUUGAAAAUUGAUGAUAUUUCCUGGAAGAGUCUUCUUCUACGGUUGAUUUGGCUGAAACCACAGUGACACCACCUGGUGAGAAGAGGCAAAGAAUUAUAUUCACUUUUCUUAUUACCCAACUUUUCAUACGUAGAAAAGGCUCCGAUUUUAGAGAUACGCUGCAUAACCAGUUGAUUUUACGCAAUAAAAAUGGGUGGGGAAAUAUAGAGCGUAAACAAUAAUUUGCGUUGAGUCUGUGUUAGAUGACGCGUCAAAACUUAGCAAAACUGUUUUUAUUCGUAAUUUUAGUCACAAAGAGGGGUUACCUGUGUGCUAAAUUAGCGUAUCGUGUUGAUUGACAAAUAUUAUUCUGUCGUAAAUAACUUUCCAAACAGAUUAUUUUCGAAAAGAGUAGGCAAAUAUCAACGUACUGUUUUGGGGGAACUAUGAGGCGGGGUUCUUCCUAUGGCUACAGUGACAGAGACCGUGGACGAGAGAGCUACAGGCCUCGUUCUGUGCCAAUGGGUGGUCGCAGUAAUGGCCCCCCGACCAUGAAGUUUGGGAAUCUAGGCGACCGUCUCCGCAAGAAGAGGUGGAACCUGGAUGAGCUGCCCAAAUUUGAGAAGAACUUUUACACUGAGCACCCAGAAGUUCAACACUUAAGUGAGUAUGAAAUUGAAGAGUUUCGUAAAAACAAAGAGAUCACCAUCAAAGGCUCUGACUGUCCGAGGCCUGUAAUGACUUUUCAACAGGCGCAGUUUCCACAAUAUGCGAUGGAUGUGCUAAUGCAGCAGAACUUCAAAGAGCCCACAGCAAUUCAGGCUCAGGGCUUCCCUCUGGCUCUGAGUGGCAAGGACAUGGUGGGGAUAGCGCAGACGGGUUCUGGAAAGACUCUAGCGUAUCUUCUUCCAUCAAUUGUGCAUAUUAAUCAUCAGCCCUAUCUGGAGAGAGGAGAUGGCCCCAUUUGUUUGGUGCUUGCACCGACCCGAGAGCUGGCCCAGCAGGUUCAGCAAGUGGCUCUUGACUAUGGAAAGUCUUCCAGAAUCAAAAGUACCUGUGUAUAUGGUGGCGCACCUAAAGGGCCGCAAAUUCGGGAGCUGGAGAGGGGUGUUGAGAUCUGCAUUGCUACGCCUGGUCGCCUGAUUGACUUCCUUGAGUCAGGAAAGACUAACCUUCGUCGCUGCACGUACCUUGUACUGGACGAAGCUGACCGUAUGCUAGACAUGGGAUUUGAACCACAGAUACGCAAGAUAGUUGAACAAAUCCGGCCUGACAGACAGACUCUUAUGUGGAGUGCAACGUGGCCCAAAGAUGUCCGUCAACUUGCUGAAGACUUUUUGAGGGAUUACAUCCAGAUCAAUAUUGGCGCCCUGGAGCUCAGUGCCAACCACAACAUUCUACAAAUUAUUGAUGUCUGCAUGGACAAUGAAAAGGACCACAAACUUGUGCAGCUAAUGGAGGAGAUAAUGGCAGAAAAGGAGAACAAAACCAUCAUCUUUGUAGAGACCAAAAAACGCUGUGAUGAGCUGACAAGAAGGAUGCGAAGGGAUGGGUGGCCAGCCAUGUGUAUUCAUGGAGACAAAAGCCAGCCAGAAAGAGACUGGGUGCUCACAGAAUUCAGAAGUGGGAAAGCUCCCAUUCUAGUAGCCACAGACGUUGCCUCUCGAGGUUUGGAUGUCGAAGAUAUCAAGUUUGUCAUCAACUUUGACUAUCCGAAUUCCUCGGAAGAUUACGUCCACCGUAUUGGACGCACGGCCCGCAGCACCAACAAGGGCACAGCCUAUACCUUCUUCACUCCUGGAAAUGCACGGCAAGCCCGUGACCUUGUCCGGGUUUUGCAGGAGGCCAAUCAGGCCGUCAACCCUAAACUGCUUCAGAUGGUGGAUUCGGGCUAUGGAAGAGGGAACGGUGGCAGAACGCGUUAUCGUGUCAGCAGCUCCCACAAUCCCAAUACAAUGUACCAGGAUCAGUGUCGACACCGCAUGCAUUCCAGUGAAGGAAGCAGCAGCAGAGACAGCCGCUCUGGCUACUGCCGCACUGAUCUAAAAGAUGACCUCCAGUCAUCCUCUUACAGCGACCGAAACAGGAGUGGCCACAGUUCCGAUCACUACAAGGGUCACAAGUCCAACCUUAGUGGAGGCCUGUCUGCUAGUGAUGGAGGGAUGGAUCCCUCAAGUCAUCUUCAGGGUCAGUUUGCCCAGCCUCAUCUUCAGUCUCUGCCCCCAGGGGGGCCGCAGCUUCUCAUGUCUCAGCAGUAUUUGCGGCCGCAGCCCCUGUUAGCAGGAUUUGCGGGGCAACCGCCUUACCACUCUAACCCUCCUCCUCCUCCCGGCACUUCCACCCGUUAGUAGUAAUUUCAGUUUUUUUUUUUUACCGCUCGUCUUUAGAGUUACAACCGAGCUGGCAAUUCUUUUUUAGUACUUUGUACCAUUUAAAGUCUCGUUCAGGUUCUGUGGAUUGCAAAUUUUCUUAUCCUUUGCAUAAACGUUGAGGAUAAAUGACCAUGUUUCCUUUUGAUAAAGUGAGCUUUGUAGAUCCAGUGCCAGGCCAAUAAUAAAUGGUUAAAUUGGCACAUGGAGAUAGUGUUGGGGUGGUAAGUCUAUUGACCAUUACAUGCAUUCCACUGACUACAAACUACAUGCUUAUUUUCAGGUGGGUGUCUCUUUUUAUUUUAGCCUUUGAGGUUUGCUUAUAAUUCUAGUUUGUAUAAACGUAACUCAGAGGACACCAAAAAGGGAAAAUAACCUCACACCUUACCCUCAGGGAAAAUGUGUAAUAUAUUUUACUUUUGAAUAGGAUUUAGUCAUAUCUCCAAGCAGUAUCGGUUAAAUAUAGUACACUUAAAGUACUCGGUCACCACCCUUCCCCAGCAAAAAAAAGCAAAUAUGAUGGUGUGUAAUGUAGUGUUCCAUCUACAUGUUGAUGUUCUUUUAAGAGACUUGAAUAUUUUAUCGACUAUGAGAUUUUAUUCACAUCAUUAUAAGACGAAUCUGUGUACUGGGGUAUUUUAUGGAAUCAUUGUUUGGGUUUUUUAUUCUCUUGGAUAAAUGUAUUUCGCUUUUAGUCAUCAGAAUUUUUAGUUAUCAUUUGUAAAAUAUUUGAUACAAGCUUUGCACACGCUUUGUUUUCACUCUUUAGGGAUAACUGGAAUUCUGCUCUUGUUGGGCCUCACAGUACUAGGACUGUUUGUGUUUAGGACAAUGUCCAGGUGAGGUCAGUAUAUUUGCCUAUGAACUGUUUGGAUGGCAAAGACAAGGUUUGCUUGAAAUUUGUGGAAUUUUUUUUUUUUUUAAAUUGGUUUAGCUCAACAAAUACAGAAUUUUAUGUGUUUUCUUUUAAAAGGUUUAAGCUUGUUGUUGAUUUUUAAUGUGUUUUAUCUGAUAAGGUUUAAGCCUGUAAUAAAAAUAAUCCAGCAUAAUGUGAAUAAGGAACCAGUCUACCUUGAGUAUCGUUUUUAUUGUAAGAACUGUAUUACAAGUCCGUAGACCUAUGCUGCAAAUCUUUUAUUCACUAUCGUUUUAAUGUGGCGAUGAGCAUACAGAGCAUAAAUAUACAGCAUGCCUAAAGAAAAUGACUUAUCGGGUAUGUGUGGUUGACCAUAUCAGAUGUCGAAUUCAGAAAUGUGGCAGUUAGUCAUAAAGUUAGCAGCAAAUGAGUGAAGUGAAAUUUUUACAUGGACAAAAUGAAUUUUAAGAUGUAUAAAAUAAAAUGAACCCGGAGUG